UCGCGGAAUAUCAACGCUCUAUCAGAUUCAAACCCCACACAUGGUUUGAACCCGACUACGCCCUAAUGACAGUAUUCUCACACAUCCUUAUCAUUGCCACCCAACGGCAGGAUACGACAGCAGUCAUCGUCCAACCCAUUUUGAGAGCCCAUAGCUCCUGCGCCGGAUACGAACAGGAGUCAGACAGAGCGAUCUACCUAGGUAGGUAUUGAGGUUACGAUGGGUUCUCUACCACAUUGGAAAGAGACGGCUUUACGACGUCGUCAAGCCCAGACCUCAGCCAUACCUGAAGAAUGGCGAAUGAAAUCUAUCCCACCUGAUUUCAAAGACAGUCGUUAUGUGAUUGAAAGAUGUGGACUUCUUACACCUCUCGAGGUUGAAAUCACCUCGACGAUAGGAGCACGUAAAAUUCUCCGACGGUACGAAGAUGGUUCGUGGACGUGCGAAUCCGUGGUGAGGGCAUUUUGUAAACGUGCCGCUCUAGCCACUCAACUCGUCAACUGCUGCACGGAACUCAUGUUCGAGGAAGCCAUCAGCCAAGCGAGGGACCUGGACCGGUGGUACGCCGACACGGGAGAAUUCGUCGGACCCCUUCACGGCAUCCCGAUCUCACUCAAGGACAACCACGUGGUGAGAGGACACGACACGACUCUGGGUUGGGUCGGGUUGAUCGGGAGACCCGCCGAGGCCGACGAACUCACGGUCCAGCAGUACCGCGCCCUGGGGGCGAUCGUGUACUGCAAGACCAACGUCCCCCAGAGCCUCAUGAUGAGCGACAGUUACAACCACGUCUGGGGCCAGAGCGUCAACUCCCUGCACAAGUCCCUGAUCAGCGGGGGCAGUUCGGGAGGCGAGGGCGCGCUCAUCGGCGCCCGAGGGAGCGUGUUGGGCAUCGGCACCGACAUAGGAGGAAGCAUACGCAUCCCCGCGGCCCUGCAGGGUCUGUACGGGCUGUGCCCCAGCGUGGGCCGCGUGCCGUACAGCCAGAGCUCCAAGGAUCAAAAGUACAUCGUCCGUCCCGUGGCCGGUCCCAUGAGCAACUCGCUAGGGAGCAUCGAGUUGUUCAUGGAGGCUUAUUUGGGUUUGGAACCUUGGAAUUCUGAUCCAAACAUCUUACCCAUCCCCUGGCGGCCGGAGUUGGACGAGCAGGUCCAGAACAAGGAACGACUGCGGAUCGCGUGGAUCGUCGACGACGGGGCCGUCAAGCCUCACCCGCCCAUCGCGAGGGCCGUUCGAGAUGUGGUGGAGCGGUUGAGGCAGGCCGGCCACGAGGUCGUCGAGUGGGACGCCAAGGACCACGAGCGAGCCUACUACGACCUCUGGGUCAAAGCCGUGCUGGCAGAUGGCGGAAAGCGGUUCGAGGAUCUGUGCAAGAUGGUCGACGAACCCCUGAUCCAGGGCAUGUUGGUCGGCACGGAAGAGACGUACCUGGGCCCCGAAGAACGGAUGGACCUGAGUGACUCGAUCCACGGCUACAAGAGGGAGUACCUGAACCGGUGGACCGAGUCCGGCAUAGACGCACUCAUCAUGCCCGUGACGCCCUGGGUGGGGAUGCGACCUAAAAUUUGGGUAAAGAGUCGACAGUACGUCGGGUACACCGCUCUCUGGAACAUGUUGGAUUAUAGUGUCUUGACCAUGCCGGUGGGCAACGUCGACGGUGUCCUGGACGACCCGCGACGGGACGACGAGUGGAAGGCACACGCCGCCCAGACGAGAAACUUCUCGGACGACUUCAACUACAAAAUGUACCAGGACUUGUGGGACGACGGGCUCGUGCAGGGUUUGCCGGUGAACAUUCAGAUCGUGACGGGUCGCUUUGGAGAGGAAAAGGCCGUGGGUGUGGCGAAAGUGCUGGAGAAGUUGGGCAUUGUAUGAUGUGUUGAUGAUGUUUUCCCAUCUCCCUUACACUCUCGCCUUGUUAUCAUCCUUGCACAUAUCCGAGUUUGAGGUUCUAUGGUUCAUUCAAUUGAUAUUCAUGUUGAUACGUAUAUGAAACAUGGCACAACUCUGCACAUAUAUAUAUCUCAUAUAUAUCGACAGUACAUACUUCAUGCCACCUUCUGGACAAACU